AUGUUUUUUAAUUUAGCAUUCCCCUUUUUUUAUUUAAAUGUAAUUAUUCAUGUAAACUUUAUUAACUGCUUCAUUAAAAUUAGCGAGCGCACAGGUUUCAUACACGUAUCACUUGCGUCCAAGAAGGUAACAAGACCUUUGCGCCAUUUACCCCUAUACAGUUUAUCAAAAAACAGUUUUGUAGCAAUAAACAAAAGAUUAGAAGAUAUAGGAAUAUAUCCUAAAGAUAUUGAAGAAACUUUUAUUAAAGGAACAGGAAAAGGAGGACAGAAAGUAAAUAAAACAAAUAAUUGUGUAAUGAUAAAAUGUAACGACAUGAAUGAAGACAAAAUAAUUAUAAAAUGUCAUAAAUACAGGUGUUUACAGAAAAAUAGAACAUAUGCACGCGAAUUGUUAUACAAAAAAAUAACGUCAAUAAAAGAAAAAGUAGAAGAGGAUAUUUCUAAUCGCAUUGAAAAAGAAAAAAGAAGAAUAUUAAAGAUUACGGAUAGGGAAAAGAAGGAGUCAAUAAAUUACAAAAAAAGAAGAUCUACAAUAAAAAGUGAUAGACAAAAAAUUAUAAGAUUUGAAAGUGAUGAUAUUGCUUGA